AUGUUGCCAUCAGUAGAAUUGUGUGGCAUUAUAAUAUCAACUAAUGGACCAUGGUCUAUGAUUGAUGUUGGCAUGGAAUUUUUUCUUCCUUUUGUCUGCUACCAUACUCCCUCCUUCUCUAAGCAUAUAACAGCAGACAUAGACCCUCUUCCUAAAAUGGGACUGGAUCAAAGACUUACAAACAUGUCAAACUUUAUUGAGGAAUUUGAAGAAGAAGACGAGCAAUUCCAGAGCACUCUAGGUACACAAUCGUCCAAUGGGAGUCCUAAUCCUACCGAAAAUGGUGGUGAUGGUUCCACUCAUGCCAUCACAACAUCAAAGAAGAAACGAAAUCUCCCAGGAAAUCCAGGCAAGCAAACACACUACCCUGAUGCAGAGAUUGUGGCGUUGUCACCAAGGACUCUGAUGGCAACAGAUAGGUACAUUUGUGAGGUCUGUCAUAAAGGAUUCCAGAGAGAUCAGAACCUUCAACUCCAUAGGAGAGGCCACAAUUUGCCAUGGAAGCUGAAGCAAAGGCCGAGCACACAAGUGAAGAAGAGGGUGUAUGUGUGCCCUGAACCAAAGUGUGUGCAUCAUGACCCAAGUCGGGCACUAGGUGACUUGACUGGCAUAAAGAAACACUUUCGUAGAAAGCAUGGAGAGAAGAAAUGGAAGUGCGACAAGUGUUCAAAGCGUUACGCUGUUCAGUCUGACUGGAAGGCACACGCAAAAAUCUGUGGGACACGUGAAUAUCGAUACGAUUGUGGGACUAUUUUCUCAAGGAAGGACAGUUUUGUUACACAUAGAGCCUUCUGUGAUGCAUUGAUGGAAGAGAACUGCAAGAUGAACCAGACCCUCGCUACCAUGGGAGGAAUGUUACCUAACCAACCCCAAGAAUUAUUCUCUUCCUCAAUGCUCACCUCUGACUCCUGCACAAACUUAAACACCAUGAUGCAUCUAUCCAGUUCUCACUAG